AGCUACUGCUUUUUGGAGAUGCAUAUUUUUCGAGGCAUUUUUUUCAGUCAGAUGAGUAUCUCUUUGGAGUGAAACUUUUCUAAUCAGCAGUUUAAAUCUAGUAAAAAUCUCUGUGAGGGAGGAAAAAAAAAAAUUUAUUAAUUAGUUUUCCAUUGGGUUUGAACCGUUUGCAUGUUUGUGAAAAUAAAAGGCAAGUUCUGCCUUAUAGAGCCCUCUAGUGGUGAUGUUCUUAAUAACCGUGGGAGGGUUUGGUUUGGUUUGGUUUUUUUACUACGGUUAUCACUGAAAAUAGGAAAGAGGCUUUGGUUUUGUUUUUUAAUUUUUUUAAUGCAAACUUUACGUUUCUUCUAAUCACUAGUGGAUUGACAUAUACUUUACACGUAAUUGAAAGGAACUUGCUAAACCCUGUAAUGGGUUUUGCAUUGUCCCAUAACUCUACAGAUACCUAAAACCUGAAGAAUGGACUUAAAUAGAAAUUGCAUUUUGUUGCUAAAGUGGUAAGGAAAAGCAUCACUUGAGGCUAUAAAGUGCCCCUCUAGUAAUAGUAUCUGUUAUUGGAGGAUAGAAACGGUCUGAGGUUUUGGAUGGUUUUUUUUUUUUUUUUAGGCCAGUAUUAAAAAGCAAUGUGCUAAGCUAUAUUUUAUCUGGCUUAGGCGCUGUGGUUCCAAGUUUCUGGAUUAUUUGUAUGAUUUAAUAUUUAAUUCCUUGCUUUAUCUUUUUGGCUUUGUUUUACGAACUGCAGUGUUCCAGAAAAAUUACUUUAGGUUCAUGAUAAGUAAUAUCUGCCUUUAAUUUUCAUUUUUUUCUCUCAAUUCCUGUUGCUGUAAAAUUAGCCAAAUUAAAGAGGAGACAGAGACAAUGUGAUGGUAUGUAGGAUGGACUGCACGUAAUAGAAACUUGCAUUUCAACCAAGAAGUAUGUAUAAAAUCUGUAUGGUCUCAUUAAGUGCUACUCUAAGUUUGGAAUCCUAUCUGAAUAAAAAUAGUAAUGCUUUGCUUUUCUGAGACAUUCAACAUUGCAAACUCUGACUUCUGUGGAAGCUUCAAGAUCUGAGAUGCUUUUGAAAAUCUUGCCAAAGUUUCAGGGGAGGAAAGCAAAGGUAUCAAUUUAUCACUGUGCUUUUAUCUUUUGAGGCAGGACUAUGGGGCACUAGGGAAGUUGCUUCAUUGCCAAACAGAUCGUGUUUCCUUUCAGAACCCUCCCACCUUGUUCCUGCCUAAUACUCUUCUGACAGGAAAAAUACCAUAAUAAUACAAGUACCCCGAGAACUGUAAGAGUGAGUGUAGGUUUGUGGCAUUAAAGAAGUGUUUGCUGGUAGAAUUUGUGACACAUGAUCGUCUGUAGUAAUGAUGACAUAAUGUCAUGGCUGCACAAGUUUUAUAUAAAAAUUUUCUUACCUUUAGAUUCAAAUGGGUGAAAGAUGCAGGAUGUCUGUUUCGGAAAGCUGAGGAUUGGGAGGGAAUGGUCUAUGAGUGUUUCAUGAGUUAGAGACGGGAGAGCUCUUCAGGUAUACUUCCUUUUUAUUGGAUGGCUAUAUUUCUCAAUACUGCCUGUGUACUACAGCCUUACUGCUGCUCAGAAAACACAGCUCUAGCCUGGGAGCCCGCUUGAGCUGCCUGUGACCCACCUACAGCUGAAGAACCACUGGUUGCUCAUCCUUGUCACCUUUAUGCCCACUAUGAAUGCAAAACUGGAGGCAAAAAGUGUAUGAAGGGGAAUGAGUGGGAGAUACCUUCUUUGAUUGUAUAUACUGAUAUUGUAUAUAAACUCUUUGGGCAAAAGUUUAUUUCAGCUAAUAUUUAUGCAGGAUUUUGUAAAAGGUCUUUACUUUGGUGUUCUGCUACCUCAUAAUUGAAAAGAGGAAGACGUGAGCUGCUGAUCGAGCCCCUGGAAAAUGCCUAAUUAUCUGCACAGUAACUUGCUGUGAAAAAUUUGCCUGAAGUAACCUUACGUGUAUGUGUAUGUGUUUGGGAGACGGAGGGUGCUCAGACUUGUAAGGCAUAUUCAACGAGCAUUUUCUGCAGACCAGACUAUUUUAGAAAUAUUUUCUAUUUUAGAAAUGUAGCGAUUGAGUUUUCUGAAAGUUAUGCCUCACUUUAGAAAAUACUGGACCGCGUUCUUGUGUCUGCAUCAGCUUGAGAGUUUAAAUCAAUCUAAGAAUCUCGAUGAAGUAGGUCUUUAAAGAUUUGAAGGGAUGGACUUUAGAGUAAGCAUAUCCUGCUUUUUAAAGAAAUUGCCAUUUGUGUCUGUAUGUUGUGCUGUGGUUUUGUGUGUUCUCUGUGAUGACAGGAAUUAAUUGCAAGCCAGGCUGAUGACCAGCUGACCUGAGCCAACUUUUUUUGAGGUUUCCUAAGCAUUGCACAAGAGGUUUGAAGGAAAAAGUUUGGGGGCAUGUGACAGAUAAUCUCUUUAGCAGUGAGAAUGAAAUUUAAGCACACUGUUGGAAAAACACUCAGUUCUAUGCUGCUCUUUGUUUGAAUUAACAAUCUCUUGCAUAGACUUAGAGUGUAAACUUCUUUGCACUUUAGUCUAAUUAAAUCGUGGUUGGAGGCUGUGAAUGGUAGGGGGAACUGCACCCUACCCCCCUUUUUUUAAUUGUUUAGUGAGUCUGUUGAAUAAUGAAAGAAUUUGCCUGACAGGGUUUUGUAGUGUUUCGUGGUCUUGAUGAAUUAUCGCAGAGGUUAGACGACAGUCUCUUUUGUCCAAAAUGCAUUGGAACGAUUCAUCCAAUUCCUCAGAAAGUGACAAUGAAGCUCAUUCAGCCUUUACACAGACUGAGCACAACAUAGUUGCAGCUUACUUAAUAACAGCAGGAACGAUAAGCAUUUUCAGUAACAUUGUUGUGUUAUGCAUCUUUGUUAAGUACAAAGAGCUUCGGACAGCAACCAACGCAAUUAUUAUCAACUUGGCUUUUACUGACAUUGGUGUUAGUGGCAUUGGUUACCCCAUGUCUGCUGCCUCAGACCUAUAUGGAAGCUGGAAAUUUGGAUAUACUGGAUGCCAGAUCUAUGCUGCUUUAAAUAUCUUUUUUGGGAUGGCGAGUAUUGGUUUACUCACUGUUGUUGCAGUUGACCGUUAUCUGACAAUCUGCAGGCCUGAUAUAGGAAGAAGAAUGACUACCCGUAGCUAUGCCACUCUAAUCCUUGCUGCUUGGAUAAAUGCAGUAUUUUGGGCUUCCAUGCCUACUGUAGGCUGGGCUAGCUACGCUCCGGAUCCGACAGGAGCAACAUGCACAGUAAACUGGAGGAAAAAUGAUGUGUCCUUUGUUUCCUACACAAUGAGUGUAAUUGCUGUUAAUUUUGUUGUACCCUUAACAGUCAUGUUUUACUGUUAUUACAAUGUUUCCCGGACAAUGAAACAAUAUGCGAGCAGUAGCUGCCUGGAGAGCAUCAACGUAGAUUGGUCUGACCAAGUAGAUGUGACAAAGAUGUCUGUUGUGAUGAUUGUAAUGUUCUUGAUGGCGUGGUCUCCAUAUUCUAUUGUGUGUUUAUGGUCUUCCUUUGGAGACCCAAAGAAAAUUUCUCCUGCAAUGGCUAUCAUAGCUCCUCUAUUUGCAAAAUCCUCCACAUUCUAUAAUCCCUGCAUUUAUGUUGUUGCAAACAAAAAGUUUCGGAGGGCAAUCCUGGCAAUGGUGCGAUGUCAGAAAAGAGAAGAGAUAGCUAUAAACAAUGCCUUGCCCAUGAGUGUAUCUCAAAGUGCACUGACAUCAUAGAACUCAUGUCAUUUGCCUGAAUGUGUUACAUGGAAAGGAGUGAAAUCUGGGUUAAAGUUAAUUAAUCUUUUGGAAGAUUAAUCUUUUGGAAGAUUAAUCUUUUGAAAUAAUAAUCUGCCCCAGCCAGCCUGGGUCUGUUAAUCACAGUAAUCUUUUUAAGUAGGUUAAGAAGACAAAGCUGCUAAGACUUUAGUUUUUGAGAGUGAGGUUUAUUGGCUCAAUAAGUCUGUCCCAAAUAAAAAAGGCUAGUGAAAUGGUCACUGUGACUUUUACAGGGUUGGACAAGGUGACACAGGGCAGGGAGAGACUGAAGCAAGAAGUGCUUAGGUUCAUUAACACAGAUUUUGCACCUGUAAUUCCUUUCAUGAAUUACUUUCCCUCAACCUCCCUUGAAAGUUUUCCAGACUUGAAAUAUUCUGGAUUCUCCCUGUGUCAAUAUAUUUCUGUACCAAGUGUCUUU